GUGCUUACUGUAAACUACCCUCUCAGUCUCCUCACAGCAGUGCGAGAGAGAGAGAGAAUUACACAGGUUUCACAAUGACAGACUAUUCCACCAACAUGCGGCUGAGAAUGCCGGUGGUUUGUAUUGUGUUGGAGGUCAUCCUCAUCAUCCUCUUUGGUGUCCUGGUGGAGUAUAACGAAGACACUGAUGCUAAGAAAUGGAACAAAAACAACAAAACAGAUGACAUGAAGAAUGAGUUCUAUUACCGCUACCCCAGUUUCCAGGAUGUACACGUGAUGAUUUUCAUUGGCUUCGGGUUCCUCAUGACUUUCCUGCAGCGCUAUGGCUUCAGCAGCGUUGGCUUUAACUUCCUCAUUGCAGCCUUUUCUCUGCAAUGGGCAACACUCAUGCAAGGCUUCUUUCAUGGCAUGCAUCAUGGCAAGAUACAUGUUGGAGUGGAGAGCAUGAUCAAUGCAGACUUCUGCACUGGCUCGGUCCUGAUCUCAUUUGGGGCUGUGUUGGGCAAAACAAGUCCAGUCCAGAUGCUGAUAAUGGCCAUAUUUGAGGUUACAUUGUUUGCCGUAAAUGAGUUCAUCCUUCUCUCUAUUCUUGGAGCAAGAGAUGCUGGAGGAUCCAUGACCAUCCAUACAUUUGGAGCAUACUUUGGACUCAUGGUGACACGUGUGCUGUACAGGCCUGCCCUGAACAAAAGCAAGCACAGGAACUGUUCUGUGUACCAUUCUGACCUCUUUGCUAUGAUAGGAACCAUCUACCUGUGGAUGUUCUGGCCCAGCUUUAACUCGGCUAUCACGGCUCUAGGAGAUGCCCAGCAUCGCACUGCACUGAACACAUACUACUCACUGGCUGCCUGCACACUUGCCACAUAUGGUUUCUCUGCUCUUGUCAACCACGAAGGAAAACUUGACAUGGUGCACAUUCAGAACGCUGCACUGGCAGGUGGUGUUGCUGUAGGAACGGCUGGUGAAAUGAUGCUGACUCCUUUUGGUUCCAUGAUAGUGGGAUUCCUGGCUGGAACAAUCUCAGUGCUGGGGUACAAAUACCUCUCACCUGUUUUGGAGUCAAAGCUGAAGAUUCAAGAUACAUGUGGUGUUCAUAACCUACAUGGCAUGCCAGGAGUCCUGGGAGCCGUCGUGGGCUCCAUCACUGCUGCCGCAGCAAGCUCUUCAGUAUAUGGCAAUGGGAUGGCAGAUGUGUUUCCUGAUAUCACCAAAGAUUAUACUGCAUCCAAUCAGGCUGUAAUGCAAAUCAUAUCACUGGCUGUCACCCUGGGUAUGGCACUGCUUGGUGGGCUUAUCGUUGGAUUCAUUUUAAAACUGCCUAUUUAUGGAGCCCCACCUGACACUCUCUGCUUUGAGGAUUCAAUCUAUUGGGAGGUACCAGGAGAAGAGGAGGGACAUGAAGAAAUGACUACUGUGAAAUUACCUGAGGAGUCCGACAAACUCAAUGGUUAAAAUACCAGCCUGUAUUUGUGAGUGCUUGUCAGUAUACAUGUGUGCCUUACCUGCCAAAACAUGCAGGAUAUACACUCAAAGCUGAAUAUUGUUGCAACAUUAUCUGUGGUCCACUGAAAACCUAUGAUUUUUAUAAAGAUUUUGGUUAUUAGAAUGUUGUAUAAAUGUGUGGUUACAACAAUUUUGUCAAGGCAAAAAAAAUAUUUUUGCUUUUUGCUUAUUGGAGUAUAUCGUUCAAUAAAAACUCUAAACCUG